AUGUUGUCUGAACAGUACGUGAACACUCUACUGAAGCUCAUUCCCCCCGUGCUGGGCCUCCAGGAGCAGCUGCGCCAGGCUGUCCAGGGUGGAGACAUGGAGACGUCUCAUGGGAUUUGCCGUAUUGCCGUGGCCCUGGGAGAGAACCAUUCCCGAGCCCUGCUGGACCAGGUGCAGCAUUGGGAGAGCUUCCUGGCGCUGGUCAACAUGAUCAUGUUCUGCACUGGUAUCCCCGGGCACUACCCUGUCAACGAAACCACCAGCUCCCUGACGCUCACCUUCUGGUACACGCUGCAGGACGACAUCCUGUCCUUCGAGCCGGACAAGCAGGCUGUGUACCAGCAGGUUUACCGGCCUGUCUACUUCCAGCUGGUGGACGUGCUGCUGCACAAAGCCCAGUUCCCCUCCGACGAGGAGUAUGGGUUCUGGUCCUCGGAUGAGAAGGAGCAGUUCCGGAUCUACAGAGUGGACAUCUCCGACACUCUGAUGUACGUGUAUGAGAUGCUGGGAGCAGAGCUGCUGAGCAGCCUCUACGACAAGUUGGGCCGCCUCCUCACCAGCACAGAUCAGCCGUCCUCGUGGCAGCACACGGAAGCCUUACUCUACGGGUUCCAGUCCAUCGCAGAGACCAUAGACGUGAACUACUCUGACGUGGUGCCGGGUCUGAUUGGCCUCAUCCCCCGGAUCAGUAUCAGCAACGUGCAGCUGGCCGAUACUGUCAUGUUCACCAUCGGGGCCCUAUCCGAGUGGCUGGCUGACCACCCCGUCAUGAUCAACAACGUGCUGCCCCUGGUGCUCCAGGCCUUGGGCAACCCAGAGCUCUCCAUCUCCAGCGUCUCCACCCUGAAGAAGAUCUGUCGGGAGUGCAAGUACGACCUGCCCCCCUACGCUGCCAACAUCGUUGCUGUGUCCCAGGAUGUGUUAAUGAAGCAGAUCCACAAGACGAGUCAGUGCAUGUGGCUGAUGCAGGCUCUGGGCUUCCUGCUCUCGGCGCUGCAAGUGGAGGAGAUCCUGAAGAACCUGCAUUCUCUCAUCACUCCCUACAUCCAGCAGCUGGAAAAGCUGGCUGACGAAACACCCAACCCCUCCAACAAACUGGCCAUCAUCCACAUUUUGGGCCUGCUCUCCAACCUCUUCACCACGCUGGACAUCAGCCACCAUGAUGACGACCACGAGAACACAGAGGUCAAGAAGCUGCCUGUGCCGCAGGGACCCAACCCGGUGGUGGUGGUUCUGCAGCAAGUCUUCCAGCUCAUCCAGAAAGUUCUGAGCAAGUGGCUAAACGAUGCCCAGGUGGUGGAGUCUGUCUGCGCCAUCUUUGAGAAGUCCGUGAAGACCCUGCUCGACGACUUUGCCCCCAUGGUUCCCCAGCUGUGUGAGAUGCUGGGUCAGAUGUACAGCACCAUCCCCCAAGCGUCUGCACUGGAUCUCACUCGGCAGCUGGUUCACAUCUUUGCACAUGAGCCUGCCCACUUCCCUCCCAUCAAAGCCCUCUUUCUGCUCGUCACCUCCGUCACGCUCACCCUCUUCCAGCAAGGGCCCAGGGAUCAUCCUGAUAUUGUUGAUUCAUUUAUGCAACUCCUGGCACAGGCUCUCAAAAGAAAGCCUGACCUGUUCUUCUGCAGCAGCCUGGACGUCCAAGCGGUGUUCCAGUGUGGUAUUCUCUCCUUGAAGUUCCCUGAGGCCCUGACUGUCAAAGCUUCCUGUGGCUUUUUUACAGAGCUGCUGCCUCGGUGUGGAGAAGUCCCCCCUGUGGGGCAGGUGGUGCAUGAGAAUGGCAAGCAGCUGCUGCAGGCUGUGCUGGAGGGCAUUGGGGGCCAGGCCUCCCGCAGCCUGAUGGAUCACUUUGCAGAGAUCCUCUUCGCCCUGAGCAAGCACUGCUUCAGCUACCUGAGUGUCUGGAUGAAGGCAGCCAUGCAGCAGGAGGGCUUCCCCUCGGCCCGCCUCAGCCCAGAGCAGAAAGACACCUUCAGCCAGCAGAUCCUCAGCAGAGAGCGCGUGAACAAGAGGCGUGUGAAGGAGAUGGUGAAGGAGUUCACCUUGCUGUGCCGGGGGCUACAUGGCACAGAGUACACAGCCGACUACUGAGAGCCCCGCCGGGAAAGCAGAUGGAUUGCCCAGGCCAGCUCUUCCCCGCACGGCAGCCCCGUCCUCCCUGCCCUGCUGCAAUCCAGCUCGUAGAAUAACCCUCCACCUCGAAGUAACCCGCUCCGGACGCUGCUCAGCUACUGUCCUCCGGUCCCCCAGCAUGCUCCCCGCAGGGGCUGGGAGCGGGCAGCAGCGGCUGCAGGACAUGGCGGGGAGGCUGGACAGACGGACUUGGCACAGUGACUGCCCUUCCCGUGGGCUGGAGUCCCGGCAGGAGGCCGCCCCUAGCGUGUCCAUGGUGGUGACUGUCCCGCACCAGGGCCCUUGCCCUCUGGCCAUGUGUGUGUGGUUUGGGGGAGCUCUGCACCUAAUUAUAGUCAGGAUAUUUCUA